AUGGGUGGCCUCAGACGCAUCAUGAUGCCAAUCACACUGCUUCUUUGCUACCUCCUGCUUCACCCCGUAGAUGCCAUUUCAUAUGGAACCCAAACAAAGCCCCUGAUGCACCUUACCUCCCUGGGGUCCCAGCCACCCUCCUCAGACUUCUCAUUCUGCCAGAUCCUGCUCCCAAAGUCCCUGCCUGGCUUCACCCACAUGGCCCCGCUGCCCAGGUUCCUGGUAGGCCUGGCCCUGAAGAACGCCCUUGAGAAGGCUCGCUGCCAGGCUUAUGCCUGGAUUGUGGAGCGUCAGCUCUACCGCCUGGGAGGUGUAACAGCCACACAGCUCCUCAUCCGCCAUCUCCGAGGGCUCCAGAAAGGCAGAAGCGUACAGGGUGAAGCGUCAGUGGAGGCCCUGACCUCUGCUCUGCAGCUGCUGGCCAGGGAGCAGCCAGGCCCAGACAGAGCCCGGCGCUCCCUCCACACUGAGGACUGUGAGCAGGAGCGGGAGCAGAGUGAGCACAGUGCACUCCGCUGGUUGCCGGCAGUGGGAACCUUCUACAACUUGGGCACAGCUUUGUACUAUGCCGCUCAGAACUGCUUGGAAAAGGCCAAGGAACGAGGCCAAGAUGGAGCCAUAGACCUGGGUUAUGACCUUCUGAUGACCAUGGCAGGGUUAUCAGGGGCGCCCACAGGACUGUUGAUCAGCGCUGCGCUUAAGCCUGCAGUGAAGGUUGGGGUCGAGCGUUUGAUCCAGUAUUACUAUGAGAAAGAGACAAAGACCUCCCUGCCAGAGACCAGGGGGAGUUUAGUGGGUACCACAGAUGUGAGUGGCCUGGGGUGGGAGACAACAACUAUGGCCUCGGAGGUGUCAGAGGUAGUAAGUUCAGUUCCCUGUGAGGUGGGGCCCACUCGAGAUCCAUUACUUAGACCCUGA